AUGAAUAGUGCAAUGAUAUCACUUUCGAAAGUCUACUCGAACACUGAUCAUUUUGGAACAAAACGCCAAAGUCUCGCAAUUGUUGCCGCUGAUUUUCCAGCAUCAACACUUAGAGCUUUUUUCCCUGGUAUUACAGCUGACUUAAUCAAAGAAGCUCGAGCACAUGCUUAUAGUAAAGGAAGAGGAGCACCUUUCCAAAACCAAGCAAUGCUAUUAGAACGUUAUGAUGAGUCUAAAGUUCUCCAUUUUAUUGAAUUUGUUCUCUCACCAGCGAUUACAGUCGAUCUACCAUUUGGUAGUAAGCAUUUAAAGCUUACAACAGGUGAAAAACUCGAUGUUCCCAAUACUAUCAGAAACACCACACAUUCACGCAUCAUCCGGCAAUAUUACUCUUUCUGCGAAGAAUCAACUGAUGGAAAUUUUAAACCCUUAGGUGAUACCACUCUAUUUGAAAUACUCAAAGUCCCUGAUCAUUGCUCAAGCUAUGCACUGUCUGAUCCAAGUGAGAAUGACUGGCAAAAUAUUUGUGAGGAUCAUGAUCAUAAUGAUCGCUGUGAAGAUUGUAUUCUAUUAGACACUACUCUCAGUCAUAUCAAGUCAUUGAUUGACAACAACAGUUAUCUACCAUAUAAUCAACGCACUCGCUAUCAAUCAAUUUGCAAACGUCAGUACGAACUGAUACAGGAAUGGAAGAAACAUCAACUACGAACAGUACAUCAAGAAGGUGCAAAAGAUCACGUACUCGGACAGCUAGAUGCAACAAGUGCUUUUCUUCAAAUUGAUUGGGCAAUGAAAUGGCUACAAAUGAAGUACAGAGAGCCGCAAAGUGAUUGGUUUGGGAAAAAAGGAUUACCGUGGCAUUUAACGCACAUUAUUCGUGUCAAAGAAGCAUCCACCGAUACGUCUACUGCUAAAUCAUUUGAACAUCGCACGAUGUGCCAUGUAUUCAAUUAUUGUGGUCAAACUGGAAAAACUGUUGUCACUAUUAUAAUAGACGUUCUCAAGCGUCUUAAACAGGAAAAUCCAAAGCUUGAAAAGAUUUAUCUUAGAUGUGACAAUGCAGGUUGCUAUCAUGGCUCUGGAUUCUUGCUAUCGAUCAAGAAAAUAUACGAUGAAACUGGUGUUUUAAUACGUCGUGUUGACUUCUCUGAGGUACAAUCAGGAAAAGGCCCAUGUGAUCGCAAAGCUGCAGUGAUCAAGGGAGAAACACGACGAUCUGUGAACGAAAAAAUUGACUGUUGCAACAGCGUUCGGUUUGCCAAUGCAGCCAAAUCUACCAAACAUCUUUCGAUUUUCGCUUGCAAUGUUACCGACGUCAACAAGAAAAAAGUUACUCUACCAAAUAUCACAAAAUACAAUAAUAUCGAAUUCGAAAUCUCACCUGUCACCCGUGCAAAGAAUUCUGUAUCAGCUAACAGUCAACCUGAAUUCGAACUUCCAAUGACAACUUGGAGAGCGUUUCAAGUCGGUGCCGGAAAAAAAGUUAAAUAUUCUAAUCUGAAGUCAACAGUCAAUACUAUUGAAACGCUCGAAGCUGAAUUCGAUAUCAUUGAAUCGGUAUCAGACGAUGACAAUGACGACGACGUCGAAGAAAAUCCUAAUAACAACACACCGUCGGCGGAGAACGACUUGGAGGUUGAUCAGCUCUCUCUGCAACCUCGUCUGCUAUCUUCCGGUUUUAAUCUUUUCGACUGUCCUCAUCCAAAAUGCGUAAAACAAUUUCGCCGGUAUUUUAACCUUGACAAACAUCUAACGAUUGGAAAGCAUACCUUCGCACCAACAACAGUUCCGCUAAUCGAUAAAGCUAAAUUAUUUUACAAGGGACUAAUCGAAAACGAUAGCAAUCGUGUAUCAUUCUCUUUGAAUCAAUUCAAUAGUCUAUUAUCGAAGACUACAUCACCAACCUCGACUACACGAUUACAAGGUUGGGCCCUGCCGCAGAAAAAACCACCCACGCACUACAGUAUCGACGUGUUAAACUUCUUAGAGAGUGCAUUCAAUGAAGGUGUGGUUACCGGAAAUAAAUGGGAUCCUGCUGCAUUAUCUCAGGAAAUGGUUUUUGCCAACUCAAACGGACAACCACGAUUCAAUGAAAAUGAUUUCUUAUCUCCUGAACAGAUCAAAGCAUACAUUUCCAAACUGAAAGCAAAGCGAAGUAAAGAGUGUACUCAAUCUCAAUCACAGUCAUCAACACCACUCGCAAGCAGCUUCAGUAAUAGCGUAGCCGACAAAAAUACAUCGGUCAACGAAAGCGAAAAAAUUAUAAACGAUGACGACUCAGACGAGAAUGAAAUUUCACAUGAACAAAUCGAAGAUUUUGAUUCGGCGGUGAAAAACAAUCAACUUGGCCAUCCAUGUUCAAUGACUGAGAGUAUUCUACAAUCUGGAAGCAGUUCGUGA